AACCGCCGGGCACACCCUCCUCUCUUCUCCGGCCCAAGCCACAAACAACCCUAAACAUACCCUUUUGGCUUUUCAAAGACCUUUCUCUUUCUUCCUCAACUGCCCCCCCUUCCCUCCCUUCGACACUCUCUUUCUCAUUCUCUUUCUCUCUUCCUCCACAACCGUGGUCUUCCAAUGACCACGUCGUCAGAGGAGUCCGACCCCUCUUUUUUCUUAUAUUGAUCACACACAAAAAAAGAAGAUACAACUUUUAAAUCAUCUUUCAUGGCUGACAUUUUGUUGGGUCUUUCCAUCUUCUACAGACUACAAUGGUAAAGCUCUUUAAAACCCCAUCUCAUUUUCAUCUUCUUAAACUUUAUUCUCUAUUGGGUUCUUUUCAUAUCCGUCGUUUCUCAUCAAAAAAAUCCAAUCUUUCUUCAAUCAAAUCCGCCCUUUCAUCGUUGCACCACUCUAAUGAUACUUUAAUUUUGAGAGUUUGUGAAAUUUUGUGUGAUAAUCGCUGGAAAUGCAGCUCCGAAUUGAUUCGUUUGAGCCCUAAAUUUACACCAUAUCUUGUGGAAAGAGUGAUUCAUACCCACAUGGAUACUGGAUCACUCUUGCAAUUCUUUUAUUGGGUCUCUAAGACCCCAACUUAUGAACAUGAUUUCAAUUGUUAUUUUUCUAUGAUAGAUAGGCUGGUUUUAGAUUGUCGUUAUGAUGAUGCCCAUCAUUUGAUAAUUUUGACUGUUAAAGCUUGUAAGAAUGCUCAAGAGCUGAAAAGGGUCGUGGAUUAUUUGCUUGAUAUUCGGAGGCGGGGUCUUAAGAUCAAUUUGUAUAGUUUUAAUACCUUGUUGAUUGCAUUGGGUAGGUUCGACAUGGUUGGUGUUGCCUGUAAUGUGUAUAUUGAGAUGAUAUGUAGUGGAGUUAGUCCUAGCCUUUUGACAUUUAAUACUUUGAUCAAUAUAUCCUGUAAGAAGGCAAUGGUCCGGGAAGCGGAGAUUUUUUUGAGUAAGAUUUGUCGGUUUGGGAUGUGGCCGGAUGUUUUUACUUAUACUUCGUUGAUUCUUGGGCAUUGUAGAAACCACAAUUUAGGUAAGGCCUUUGGGUUGUUUGAUAUGAUGUUGAAGGAGGGUUGUGAACCAAACUCAGUGACAUAUAAUACUCUGAUCAAUGUGCUCUGUGAUGAUGGUAGGAUAGAUGAGGGUUUGAGGCUGCUUAGGAAAAUGGUGGAGAAAGGGGUUGAACCUACUGUUUAUACUUACACUGUUCCAAUUCUCAGACUGUGUGAGUGUGGUCGGGUUGAGGAAGCUUCCAGAGUUGUGGGGGCCAUGUUGAAAAGAGGCUGCAGCCCUAAUGUUCACACGUAUACAGCUCUUAUUACUGGGUUGUCUCAUGCAGGGAAUCUGGAGGUUGCUACUGGAUUAUACAAUAGAAUGAUGAAACAUGACGUGUUUCCAAACACUACUUCAUGUAAUGCGUUGAUCCAUGUAUUGUGUGAUGGUGGAAGGGUUGAACAAGCUCUGAAGAUUUUUGAAUGGAUGGAAGCUCAUGGCUGUUUGCGGAAUUCUCGUACCUACAAUGAAAUAAUAAGUGCAUUGUGUUCAAGAGGUUCUGUGAAAGAAGCUAUGGUGCUUUUUGGUGAUAUGAAUAAGAAUGGUCCCUCACCAACUGUGGCAACAUAUAACAUUCUAAUUUAUGGUUUCAUAAUGCAAAAGAAUCUGGAUCAUGCUUUAAGAUUGUUUGAUUUGAUGAGAGAUAGUGGAUAUGAACCUGAUGAAUACACUUACGCUGAAAUCAUAUCUGGGUUCUGCAAAGUGGGCAAGCUGGAAUUAGCCUCUUCUCUCUUCCAUGAGAUGACAGAACGAGGUUUGCUUCCAACUGAAUUUAUCUUUACCAUUCUAAUUGAUGGCCAUUGCAAAAGAGGUAACAUAGAUGGAGCACUAGAAUUACUUGGGAAGAUGAAGGAAUAUAGUUGCUCUCCUGUAAUUGAGACUUUUAAUGCCAUUAUAAGUGGAUUAGCAAAAGAAAAUAGGUUUGUUGAUGCGGAGAAAUUGUGCAGCAGGAUGUCUGAGUAUGGAUUUUUACCUAAUGUUGUCACCUACACAUCAUUGAUUGAUGGCCUUUGUCGACAUGGUGGGACAAAUCUUGCUUUAAAGGUGCUUCAUGAGAUGGAAAAGAACAACUGCCAGCCAAAUUUGCAUACUUACAGUGUACUCAUACAUGGAUUUUGUCAAGAAGGAAAAGUUGACUGUGCAGAAGGUUUGUUUGAACAAAUGCAAAGGGAAGGAAUAUCCCCUGAUGUUGUGGCAUUUACCUCUCUUAUUGAUGGGUUUGUAAUGGUUGGUAGGCUAGAUCAUGCCUUUAGGCUUCUCCAGAAAAUGUUGGAGUCCAGCUGCCAACCUAAUUAUCGCACUUUCAGUGUAUUGCUGAAAGGGUUGUAUAAAGAAUGCCAUUUUCUGGUCAACAAGGUUGCAGUCCAGAAUGAUGUCUCUUAUAGUUUCCCUUCUGAUACUAAGGACAUUGGAUCCGAAGUAGUCAACCACCUCUUUGCCAGACUCUCAGAAAUUGAUGGUGAACCCACAGUCAGCACCUACGAGACUUUGAUAACUGGUUUAUGUAGAGAAGGCAAGUACUACGAGGCAGAACAAUUGGUAAAAAACAUGCAGGAGAAACAAUUGCCUCUGAAUAAUGGCAUCUGUAAUUCGCUAUUGAUAAUUCAUUGUAAAGGUUUAAGAGUGGAAGCUGCUCUAGGACUCCUAAAAUCGAUAUCAAGUAGUGAUUUAGAGCCCCCAUUAUCUACUUAUGCCUUGCUUAUAUCUACGUUGUGCAAGUUAAAUCAGGUGGAUGAAGCUGCAUCGCUGUUUAAGGACGUCCUUGAUAAAAAUUGGAACUCAGAUGAGGUUGUAUGGAGUGUGUUAGUUGAUGGAUUAUUGAAGGAAGGACAUUUGGAUCCAUGUGUGAAGCUACUUCAAAUAAUUCAGUCCAGUAAACACACUGUCAGUUUGUUCACGUCCAAGCUUUUGGCUGAAGAAAUGUCAAAAGUGGAGGGAUCUUCGAAAACUAAUCUGAUUGUUGACAAACAGAUAGACACUACAGAUUGUUCCCCUGAUUGAGAUCUUGCAUGUUCAGCGAGCAUUGGCUCGUGAUUAAUUGAUGCUUGUCAGUGUUUCUGCAAGUGAUAGUGAUCGCGAUGGCAAAAGUUUGCCGAAGUGUCUCCUAUGCAGCUCUGUUGUCCACACAAGGGACUGGGAACUUAUCAUUUCCUUUGAGUGGUUGGUCACGGGUGGCUAUCAGUAUUAUGCAAAAGUCCAUGAUGGAACCAGUUGCAUCUUUCUCCAUAUGAGUUGCUUCAAGGAGGGGUUUUCUCUAUUGGCAAUUUAGCUAGAAGAUUUUAUUCAUGGAAGCAUAUUCCACACUCUUCUUGAUGGAUUGGAGGCUGAAGUAUCAUGUAGUAUCUGGCCUUGAGGGUGUCCCUUGAGAGCAUGGAAUUCAGAGAAGCCGCCUACAAACAGUCUGACAGAUGCUUCAGUGCAGGUGGCUAUAUUAUCAGAAUUGGGGCUCUGUGAAGGCUUGAGCAAUGUUGCUUGGAUGUGUCAAUGGAGUACAUUUUUCCAAGAUUUAAGGCAAGUGUACACACACAUUUUAUAGGUGAUGUGAUCUUGUGACACUCAGUUGUCCCUUUUUGUUGUAUACCUAACCAGAUAAGUAUAGCAGACUACAUUCUAUUCAGGUGACCCAAUAUUCAUUCAAUAUUUAUUCCUCUAGUUUGAUUCAUAUUCUUUUUUAACAGAAAGCAAUAAGAGUAUAAUCUCUUUUUUUCGAGAAAUAAAUCAAAUCUUCAGUAUUGCUGACAGAAUUUUGUGAAUUCUACUUAAUAUUGCUCUGUGUUGGAGUCGUAAUGCUUUAAAAUCCAUCUUAAGCUGCAAUUUCUGGUGUACGAAAGCAUCAGUUGAUUGCGUCUGUUUGUCAUCUAGAUCCACAGAGGUCGUAUCAUAUAAGGUGUAAGUUAAGUUGAGGAAAUGGUGUGUAAUUUUCCAUGGAACAUUGUAUGUAAAUGACAAUGGUAACAGAUAUCAAAGGUGUUUCUUCUUCAUUGAAACUAGUACUAAUUACCACCGGAAAGUAUGGUAAUGACUAUGACUAAUAAGUACCUAGUGGUAUUGAAAAACUAUGAAGUUACCCUAUGAAGAAAUGCAUUGCUAUAUCACUUCGAUGUUGUAUGAAAGGAGAAGUCGGUAUUAUAAGGUGUGAUUUAUUUUCUAAUACACCCAACUUUUGAUUUGA